AUCAGUUAAGAAGUUAACAUGGACAGCUUUUUCACCAGUGGCGCUUUACUGCAGGAAUAACCAGAGACAAAAGUGCUUUACAUCUGCAUCUGAUGGUGACUUCUAGAGCAGCAACCUUCUCUGUCCAAGCACAAUGUCCACGAGGACUCUGCCACUGGUUUUCAUUAAUCUGGGUGGAGAAAUGCUUUACAUAUUGGACCAACGCCUGCAAGCUCAAAACACGUCUGUGGACAACACAGAGAAAGGAGUGUGGUCGGAAAAGGACAGAAAAAGAGUUAUGAACGACAUCAUCGGGACCAUGUUCAGCAAAGCCUUCAUGGACGAACUUCUCAAACCCCAGCAGCUGUACUCACACAAGACCAUGAAGACCGUUCUCACACGGUUAGCGCACACCUCCAUCAUGAGGCUGAACCCGGCCAGCAUGGAAAAGCUUUAUGAGUUGAUGGUCAUGGCUUUCAAAUAUCAAGUCUACCUUUGUCCGCGGCCUAAAGACCUGCUGCUUAUCACCUACAACCACAUGGACGCCAUCAGGGAGUUUGUCCGAGACACUCCGGCGGUCGCCAACCAGGUGGAUGAGACCCACAGGAAGCUCAUUGAGGUCUACGCUCCUCUGUCAGAGGGAGAAUUUCAGCUCCUCAGACAAACUCUGCUCAUAUUUUUUCAAGACAUGCACGUUCGUGUGUCAUUGUUCCUGAAGAACCAAAUCCAGAACCCCAACGGACGUUUCACCCUGACUACCUCAGGCCCGGUGCCUCAUGGGGGAGAUGUUCCAGGUCUGAUCAGGCUGUUCAGCGUGAAGGGCAGAGAGGUCAGCCGCUGCGAGUUUCCCAGCGGAGGAAGUUACAGCAGUGCUGUCAGAGAGGGAUCCUUUGACCUCCAUGGAGACAGAGUCCUCAGACUCGGGGUGAACAUGUACACGAUGAACCAUCCAGAGGAGACACACACGUCCAGGAACACCUGUGCUCAGCCUGAUGAUGUUCCAAACCUGCUGGCCAAGGAGGAGCUGAACCUGUUGGCUCGCAUCAUGGGCAGCAUGAAGACCGUGCCCGUGCACACCACUGAAGGAAGCUUUCGGUUAAACCUGUUUGCUUCAGACCGCGAAGAGGAGGAGGCGGGAACUUCUGGAGGAGCUCAGGACUUUGACGUCAUCAACAUUCAAGCCAUGCAGGAUGAACAGGCAUCUGCUGAGCUCGCUCGAAUCGCCGCUCAGUUUGCAGAGGAAGAGCUGAAGCACGAAGACCAAGGCAGCAGCAAAGGAGACGAGCUGCUGGCCAUGAUGGAUGACCUCUGACUGACCCCUGUGAUUUUAUCCUGUUACAAUAACAAAGAUGCAGUACACAUUCAGGGCAGCUUUGUAUCUGUCUCUAUCUCAGUUUCAUCAGUCAGUCUAUCUGUGAGAUGUAAAGUUAACAUGAGGAUUAUUAACAGAUUGAAUUUCCAGUUGGCAUGUUUUAAUAAAGUUUUAAAGUAUUAUUAUUAUUAUUAUUAUUAUAGUAUUUUUUUAAACUGGGACUUUGAUUAAAUCUGUAACAUAAUAAAUCUGCAUGAAAGAUCAA